AGCUCCGCCAUGCCAGUUUGUGAACCUAAUGGCAGCUCCACCAUGCCAGCUUAUGAACCUACUGGCAGCUCCGCAAUGUCAGCUAAUGAACCUACUCGCAGCUCCGCCAUGUCAGCUUGUGAACCUACUGGCAGCUCCGCCAUGCCUGCUUGUGACCCUACUGGCAGCUCCGCCAUGUCAGCUUGUGAACCUACUGGCAGCUCCACCAUGCCUGCUUGUGACCCUACUGGCAGCUCCGCCAUGUCAGCUUGUGAACCUACUGGGAGCUCCGCCAUGUCAGCUUAUGACCCUACUGGCAGCUCUGCCAUGUCAGCUUAUGAACCUACUUGCAGCUCCGCCAUGCCAGCUUGUGAACCUACUGGCAGCUCAUCCAUGUCAGCUUAUGUACCUACUUGCUUCUUCACGUGAUAGUAUAAAUAUAAUUGUUUGUUUAUUCACGUCAUCAAAUUAUUACAACUUCAAGAAUAACCUUUUUAUUUAA